AAUUAAAGGAGCUGGUUCCGGUCAUUACUUACUAACUUGGAAGUAAGAUCUCCGCAGCUAAUAAUCACGACGGUGCAGCAUACUCAGGUGCCAUCACUGCAAUGGAUCCUAAAAUCUAUAAAGCCGCGGCACAAGGCAAGCUGGAGGCCUUGGUACAUGAUAACUCCAAUCCACUUGAUGGGUUUUUAACUGUUAAUCAAAAUACAAUCCUACAUAUUUGCAUUUCAAGUAUCCUCGUUGAAGAAAAGUAUCCCGCCACUGGAGGAACUGACCAAGCCUCAGCGUCAAAAUUUGUGAAAGUUGUACUGGACAAAUGUCCAUCACUUUUAUUGAAAGCCAAUGCGGAUAACGAUACUCCGUUACAUGUUGCGGCAAGGUAUGGGCAUGCUUCCAUUGUCAAAGUCCUGAUUGAACAUAAAAAAUCCCAACAUCAAGAUCUCGAAAGUGGAGUUGUUGAAGGUACUAAGGAGAUGAUUGGGAAGCUGAACAAAGAGAGAGACACGGCCUUACAUGAGGCUGUACGUCACAAUCACAUUGAUGUGGUAAAACAGUUACUAAUGGAGGUAGAUCCAGAAUUUUCGUUUCGUGCUAAUGCUGCUGGUGAGACCCCACUUUACUUGGCUGCUGAGAGGCACUUUCCAGAUUUGGUGUCAGAAAUUUUAAACAAAUUGAAGUCACCAGCUUAUGAUGGCCCCUUGGGUAGAACGGCUUUGCAUGCUGCAGCAUUUUACGAUGAUGAAGGAAUGACCAAAAACAUUUUGGAAAGAUACAGAUGCGAUCUAUGUAAACAAGCAGAUGAAAAGGGUUGGACUCCGCUUCACAUGGCUGCAUCCUGGAACAACAUUGAGCCAACAAAACUAUUGCUGAAAUCUGAUAGAGAGGUAGCAUAUAUGAAAGACGCAGAGGGUAGGACAGCUCUUCACAUUGCAGCUCUACGCAACAACAGCUUGGUGACGGAAGUGAUUAUGUCAAAGUGUCCGGAUUGUUGCGAAGUGGUUGAUAAUAAAGGCCGCAAUGCACUCCAUCUCGCCAUGAUGACCAACUUGUGGCCAAAUGUAGCGCUUAUCAUCCAAGAUAAUUCAUCUCCAUCCGCCAAAUAUGACGGGAAUACACCUCUCCAUUACUAUUGCAAUUAUUUUCUGUACCACGAGCGUGUCCUGAAUUCUCCAAGAGUUGAGAAAAUGGUCUUCAACAAAGAGAACCAGAAUGCUAGUCAAGUCUUGAGUAAAAGCUUUCUAACUGUUGAUGAUCAUUUUAAGGUAACGUAAUCUUUUAUCUUUCUU